GAUCCAUGAGGACGGGCAGCGAUUACUCAGCCUGCGUCGCCCGGCGUGCUUGACGUCUCCUCGCUGAUUGGUGCUCCUUCCUGUGAAGCCGGUGUGUUUGUGUUGCACGUAGCGGAUCUCCUCGGUCGGUUUUCUCGGUGCUGAGUCUCUGACACGUGUGAAGUUUCCGCCAUGGCCGCCGAAGUCGGAAAGCUUUCCAAGAACCUGCUGCGGAUGAAGUUUAUGCAGAGGAGCCUUGACCCAGAAACCAGGAGGCAGAUGGAGACGGAAGAGAAGAAGAUCAUCAGCGAUGAGCAUUGGUUCCUGGACCUGCCCGAGCUCAAGGAGAAGGAGAAUUUUAUUAUUGAAGAAAGAAGCCUCCAUCCCUGUAUAGAUUUCACGUAUGGACGGAUGUCCUUUAAAGGCUUUAACCCGGAGGUUGAGAAGCUGAUGGUGGAGAUGAACUCCCCCCGGGGGACAGACGAGGACCUUGACGAGAGUAAAAUGGAAGCCGAUGUGUCAGAUGAAGAAAUGGCUCGCAGGUACGAGUCGUUGGUGGGAACGAUCAAAAAGAAAUUUGCAAAGAAGAGAGACCACAAAGCUAUAAAAGAAGUUGAAGUUGAAGAUGAAAAUUGUAAUAUAAGAAGCAGCAAAGUGAAGAAAGGCUUCAUGAAACCUCAGGACUGAACUCUGUGCCAAGAGACGCUUCUCUAAGAUUGUAUGAUCAAUAAUUAUUUUAUUUCCUGGAGGGAUUUUUAUUGGGUUGGGGGGGUUUUAUUUUUAUGAUUGUAAAAAAAAAAAAAAGUUAUUUUGGAAAACCUUCCAGGAUCUUGAUGCCUUAAAUACCGGUUUGGCCGCCGCCCAUUUGGGGAGUGGUUGUGGAAGACGCAGAGACCGUUGGCUGAUUGUGGAAUUGCUUCAUAACUCUGAAUUCUCAUUGGAUGACUGAAAUGAUGGAGGAAGUCGCAUCAUCUGUUCCCACCGCCAAAUGCUGUUCAUUCUGAAUGGUAAACCCCCCCCCCCAGCGUGGGUGCAGGGAUAUUGCAUGGUCUGAGACCACGUGCUUUCCCUACGGCU